AUGUCGACUACUACCACUUCUCCUCCCACGGCACCGUCAGUUAACACCGUUGGCAGCUCGCAGACUCUUCUAACCGAGGCACGGGAGUAUCUCCCCGACGUCGACCAUGUCGUCUUCAAGCAUUUCCGCAUCGUCAAGCGGGUCGAGGGUAAAGCCCAGCAGUACGAGUGCAAGUUCUGCAGCAACCUCUACACCGGUGCUGCCAUCCGAUGCGCGCAACACUUCGCGUCGUGGAAGGGCAUGAAACGCCGUGAAGUGGUGCUGUGCAAGGAUGUGCCGCAAGAUGUGCGUCGGGCCAUGAAAGCGCAUUACGAGGCAAAGACUGCUGCGGCCGACGAAAGGAGGCGGGCCGCUGCUGCCGCGGUUGCCGCGGUGACGGCUGACGGUGGGAAGCGCGCGCGAAUCACCGAUUACCUCGAGGGGGAUACGGCUGCACGAAAGCGAGAAGCGGACGAGUCACUUGCGCUUGCUUGGGCCGCCCUCCACAUCCCCGAGCGCCACAUUGACCAUCCUCUGAUGGUCAACGCAUUGAACAACGUCUCCCGCGCCGGGAAAGACUACGUCCCCCCGAAGCGGAAAUACGUCGGCGGUGCUGGCCUUGUAGCGUGUCGCAACGGCAUCGAGGCGGGUUUGGUGGGCGUCAAAACGAGCUGGAAGCGGACGGGCGUGACGGUGUCGUCCGACAUGAUGACGGACCGCAGGGGCAGGCCGCAGGCCAACAUUCUUCUCGUCAAUGAUUCGGGCGCCGUCUUCUACGACUGUGUUGACUGCAACAUGGAGAAGAAAACGGGUGGUUACGUGGCGGGGAUUCUCAGGCCCGUGGUGGAGGAAGUGGGGCCAGAGAACGUUGUGGCGUUCUGCAUGGAUGGGGGAUCGAACUACGCGGUGGCGGUGAAGCGACUGAUUCAGGAGUGGCCGCACAUUCAAGACGUGCCGUGCGCCACCCAUGUGAUGGAUCUUCUCCUGGAAGACGUGGGGAAGAUGGGGUGGGCUAAGCCGGUGGUCGACAAGGGAGGGGAGAUUAGCAGCUUCGUCCGCAACCACCAUUGGACCCGCGGGUACCUGCGCACGCCGGAAUUGGUGGAGGGGAAGGUUCUGGAAGCGCUGAAGCCGGCUGGAACGAGGUUCGGGACGAACUACAUCUCCAUCUCCCGGCUGUGUGCGAUGCGCGGCAACCUCACCAACAUGGUGACGAGCGAGGGGUGGAAGGAGUGGGCGGUAGGGGACCGGAAGAAAUCAUGCGACGCGUUUGCUGCGCUGAUCCAUGAUGCCGCCUGGUGGAAGACGGCCGACUUCUUCACUGCCCUCCUGAAGCUGCCCUAUAAGGCGAUGAGGCAGACGGACGGGCAUGCCCUGAGCAACGCGGAUAAGGACCAGAUCCGCAAGAUCCUCAGAGACCGCUGGGACGGCAGCCUCGCAUGCGCCAUGCAUGUCGCUGGCCGCAUCCUCAACCCCGCCAAUCAGGAGGAAGAUAUCUUCGGCACUGAUCUCGAGUGCACGAAGGUCUUCAAGGCGUUCAUCAGCAAGUACGCCGAGUUCCUUGCGAGCCGCGGGGAUGGGGGGGAUGACGCUUGCAGCAUCUUGCUUGAGCUGGGAGACGGGCUGAGGGCGUUUCUUGACAUGAAGGGUUCUUUUGGGAUGCCGGAAGCCGUGGCACAGAGGAAGCUGGUGAAAGAGGGGAAGUAUAGCAUGGUGAAGUGGUGGCAGUGGAAUGGGACCGAUGCUCCACGUGUGGCGGGGCUCGCGGUACGGGUGCUGUCUCAGCCCGUGUCCGCCUCACCUUACCAAGGAGUGGGCGACAUGAUCCACCGGGCCAUCAACUCAGCCGCCGCUGUCAUGUCGCCGCCUUUCAUGCGCGAUGGCUACCCAUACCAUUUCAUCGGCCAGGCCUUCCCAGUCUACUUCAACCUCACCACCUUCGCCCUGCCCCCCUCGUCCGCGCGUCCGUCCAUCACCAUCCCUCCGCUUGCCACCCCCGGACCUGGGGUGCUCCCACGGGGGAUCGUCAUCGCGGGGUAUAACUUUGCCAACCUGCGGUCGCUUGUGGGGUUUCAGCAGCUGGUGGAGCUGAAGACGAGGGUUUAUCUGGUGGAUGGGACAAGGGGCGGGGCGUGGGAUGGUGCGCGGAAUGAAAGUGCACGGAAUGAGGACGGAAAGACUGGUAGAUGGAUGCCUGCGCUUUUAUUUGACCAUGAGGGGGUGGUGGGUGAGGAGGAGAUUGGGGCAUGGAUGGUGGAUGGGGAGGAGCAGCAGCGGGGGAGAGUGCGACGGGCGGUGAAUUUGGGAGAUCCAACAAAAAGUUUCUAUAUUUUCUGCGAGCACACCUCCUACUCCCGCCCGUUCGGCCCCUUCAUCUGGAUAAUAGUUGUGGCUCUCUUCCUCACCGUCUCCACCAUCCUCCUCUGGACGAGCAUCCAGCUCAUGCACGCCUUUGAGUGCGACUGUCAGCACCUGGCCGCGGCGCAGCAGGAGCUGCGUGCUGCUCGAGAGGAAGCCGAGGCGGCGAGCCGUGCCAAGGGAGACUUUCUCACCACCGUGAGCCACGAGAUCCGCACUCCCAUGAACGGCGUAAUAGGCAUGUUGAACCUGUUGCAAGAAACCCCGUUGGACGGCACGCAGCAGGACUACGCGGAGACGGCGUGCAGCAGCGGGCGGGCGCUGUGUGCGCUGAUCAACGACAUUCUCGACCUCUCCAAGAUCGAGGCUGAGAAGCUCCACCUCGAGCGCAUCCCCCUCAACCUGUGCGCCGAGCUCGACGACGUGCUCGCGCUCUUCGUGGAGAGCGCCCAGGAGAAGCGCUGCGUGGAGCUGGCAGCCUUCGUGGCUGACGACGUGCCCGAGACGCUGCUUGGGGACCCACUUCGAGUGAAACAGGUGGAUGUGGUAGUGUUGAUCCUCAUCAACCUCAUCGGCAACGCCCUCAAGUUCACCACCAAGGGCCACGUCUUCAUUGUCGUGCGCCUCGCAACCGCCACCGACAGCACCACCAACGAUGAUGCCAAUACCCCUCCAUCACUGCUCUCAGCUGCAUCCUCCACAUCCUCCUCGUCACCCUCACUGUCACCAUCACCACCAUCACCAUCCCCAUCCCUCACCAAAGGAUCGGCCACCAUCAGGCGCCACUCCCUUGCCAGUUACUUCACCAGUGCAAGGAACCAUAGAGAGGGGAAGGAUGCACCCGAGGCAGCGGUGCUGAAGCAGGGGAAGGAUACAGCCAAGGCAGAUGGAGCCACUGCCGAAGUAAAUGAGACGAGCGGUGCUUCUGGCGGCGACCAAGGCACCAGUGCCGAUGUGGACACUGGUGGCUGUGAGCCAGUUGCGCAUUCUUCCACUGACCCUGGGUGCCUGACACUGAGUGGCCGGCCUGCCAUGAAGACAUGGUGCUCGUGGGAGGGCAUGCGGGAGCACAUGGACCUUGCUGCCGUUGGCAUGGGCAUGGGCAUGGGCAUGGGCACGGCAAAUGAUACCUGGCGUUGUCGCCAUCGCCUUCGCAUCGUGCCCUCUGACCAGCCUGUGCGCCUGAUGGUGGCUGUGGAAGACACAGGUACCGGCAUCCCCCGGCACGCGCGGAGGCACAUCUUCCGGCCGUACACACAGGCAGAGCGCAGCACGGCACGGCUGCAUGGAGGCACGGGCAUCAGCCUCUCCAUCUGCAAGCGCCUGGUGUCACUGAUGGGUGGAUCCAUCUCGUUUGUCUCAAAGCCAGGCGUCGGCACCACCUUCAUCUUCGAUAUCCUCCUCCACACACCCCCUCUCCUCCACACACCCCCUCUCCUCCACACACCCCCUCUCCCUCACCCCCCUGGGCCUCGUCGCUCCCCGGCUCAUCCUCCCCAACCCCACACAACUCCUCCUCAACCCACCACUCCGCCUCAUGCCCCUGUCCCACCUCUCUCCACUCUCUCACUCCCUCCUCCCCUGCUAAAUGCAUCUCCAACCUCUAAGCCCUCCUCUUCCUCUCCCUCUGGCACAACUUCCAUCCCCGCUCCUCUUCCUCAAAGCUCCUGUAACGUGCCCACCCAAGGCACAGCCAACCAGCACCAGCAGAAGCAGCAGCAGCAUCAGGCAGCAUGUGGGCUUCCUAAUGGAAGUGUGUGUGUGGUGAGUGGUGGGAAUGACGGGAGGGCAGCAUGUGAAUGGGAAGGCGUGUGUGUGGUGAGUGUGGACGACCGGGCAGUGCGGCAUAACGUCACUCUCUCUCUGCUGCGCCGCCUUGGCAUCUGCACCCUCCCCUGCCCCUCCUUCCACCUCCUCCCCCGCCUCCUCGCCCAACACCGUGCCUUGCAUCAUGCAGAGCAGAAGCAGGGGCAGGAGCAGGGGCAGGGACAGGAGCAGGAGCAGGAGCAGGAGCAGGAGCAGGAGCAGGAGCAGGGGCAAGAGCAGGAGCAGGAGGAGGAGCAGGAGCAGGAGCAGGAGCAGGAGCAGGAGCAGGAGCAGGAGCAGGAGCAGGAGCAGGAGCAGAGGCAGGAGCAGGGGGAGGAGCAGGAGCAGGAGCGGCUUCCCUGCUCACAAGCCAGCACAGGACCUAUCAGCAACCAUACUUAUCCUCCUCUAAAGAAUCGUCUCGAGCUAUUGAAUUGUCCUCUCGAGCCGCUGUCUCAUCCUCUCGAACCGUUGAGUCAUUCUCUCGAGCCUCCUCUCGAGCCAUUUGGCUCGCCGGCUGUUCUUUUUGCAUCUCUUGCCUUCCGCCCCUCCGCCUCCACCCCCUCUGCCUCCUCUGACCGUUGCUCCCCUCUCUCUCUCGCUCCCCUUUCCCGCCAGUCUUCCUGCCCUCCUCUUUCAGUCACUGCCUGCUCUUCAAGCGGGAAUGGCGAGGGUAGAAGGGGGGAGAAGCAGCAGCAGCAGCAGCAGCAGCAGCAGCAGCGGCAGCAGCAGCGGCAGCAGCAGCAGCAGCAGCAGCAACAACAGCAGCGGAAGUGGCAGCGGCGCUGGCGGAAAAAAAAGCAGGAGAAAGAGGGAGAGGAGGAGGCGGAGGGGGAGGGGGAGGAGGAAGGAGAAGAGGAGGAGGAUGAAGGAGAGGAAGAAGCAAAGGAGGUGGACGGAGAGAGGGAGGGGAGAGUGCAGCAACAGGUGCACUACAAGACCUUGAGCAAGGAGGAGAGGCGGGGAUGGGUGGGAGCGGUGGUGGUGGAGGGGGAGAUGAUGCAGCGUCUGGGCGUCACAGCAGAUCAAAUCCAUUCCCUCUUGAUGGACCAGGGGGGUUUUGGGAUGGCAGGCUAUGGUGAGCCGAUGAGUAAGCCCGAGGAGAUGAGUACAAGUGAGCAGAUGAGCAAGGGAGGGCACAUGAGUGGGGGUAGGGACGAAGGUGAAGAGAUGGCAGGGGAUGGGCUGCCACGAGUGAGCAGGUGUGCACUUGAGGAGAGCCCAUGCGGAAGCGAGUGCGGCGCAUGCAGCAAGAACAGCAGUAGCUGUAGAAGCUGGCCCGUCCCCUUCCUUGUGCUCCUGCAUGGCUCCUACCUCCCCCCGCCCAGCCCUCUUGCCAGAAGCCUUACCGCGGCCAACAGCUUCAGCCCGAGGGAUGCUUAUAAAGGGGACAGCUUUUCCCAUGAACUGGAUUCGGACUGCCACAAGGAGGUCUGCUGUGAGUCGGCACGGAUACGGAGGGGUCGGACCGGAGAGCGGAACAGGGACAGGAGUAUAGACAGGGGUAUGGUCAGGAGCAGGAGAAGCAGCCGUAAGAGCAAUGGGAGGGCCGCAACUGCUGAAAGAAGGGAUGGAAGGGCGGAUGGAUUCGAUUGCGAGUGUAACCUGGGUGAAUGUAACGAUUUAACGAGAGGCUGCCAAGGCGGCAGCAGCAGCAAGAGCAGGAGCAGCAGGUCGCCUGCGCUUUCCGUCUCGCCCUCGCCUGCGCCCUCACUUGCGCCCUCCCCGUCUAUUCCCUCGCUGCUUUCACUUGGCUUUGACGCUGUUGUGAGGAAGCCUCUUCGGAAACCGGCAUUGCUGGCGGCGCUUCUGCCGCUUUUUAGUGUGGGCACAGAGCUAAGUGAGUGUGUGCAGGAGGGUGGGGGAGGAGGAGAAAGAGGCAAGGGCGAGGAUGCAGCACAGGGAGGGGCGAGAGACGAGGGUCAUACUAUGAAAACCAGCAGUCACCAGCAGCAGCAGCAGCAGGAACAGGAACAGAUCUCGAGAGAUUUUGCGACUGCCUGCCGCCGGCCUCUCACUAUGGGAUGUAGUGACAGUACCGAUCGACAGGGUGAAAGACAGGGUGAGAAGCAAGAUAAGAGGCAGGAUGAGAGGCAGGGGCAGUGGGGUGGCGCAGCAUUAGAGCUUGUGAGCCCAUCGGCCCUCCACAAGGCAGGCAGCAGUGCUGCAGCGGCUCUCUGGCGAGCUGUGACAUCCCCACACUCCCUCAUGUCCCCCCAGUCCCUCGCUUCCCCUCAGUGGCUCGAUUCCCCUCGCUUGUUCAAGUUGCGCCGAUCUCAUUCUCCCACCUCUCCCGCCACCCCCACCACUCCUACCACUCCCAACACUCCCGCCACCCCGGCUUCUGACACUGCCAAAUCCGAAGCUGCAAGCCCUGGGGCGGCACAAAACACGUCACCCAAUUCCAACACUGGCCAUGCUGCCUCUCUUCCGGGGCUGAUCGUGUGUUGGGAGGAGGAGGCGUCCCGCGGUAGGCAGCAGCAGCAGGGCAUGGAUGGCAACAGUGCCUCCUUGGUGAACUGGUCUGCUUCCCUCAAGCAUCUGAUUGCACCGGCUGCAACCGCACCUGGUGCUGCUGCUGCUGCUGCUGCUGCUGCUGCUGCUGCUGCUGCUGCUGCUGCUGCUGCUGCUGCUGCUGCUGCUGCUGCUGCUGCUGCUCCUGCUGCUCCUGCUCCUGCUGCUGCUGGUGUUGCUGCUUCUUUGACAGGUCUGGCAUCCGUUGCUGCUUCAGCGGGUGGAGCUGGUAAUUUGGCGGGUGGUAGGGUCCUUGGGAGAGGCACCAGUGACGGGGAAGCACCUGGUUCAGGUGAAAGGAGAGCAUGGGUGCACGGUUCAGCAGGUGAGAGGAGAGCAGCUGGGCGGUCCCAUGUGAGACGGAGUGAUAAGAGGCAUAGCACGGUCACCAGUGGCUCUGGUGGCGAGUAUCCUGCUGCUGCUGCUGCUGCGGCCGCUGGUGGUGGUGGUGGUGGCAGGCCGGCGACAGUGGGGGAGAGGCUGGGGGUGCUGUCUGGUCGGCGGGUGAUGGUGGUGGAUGACAACGUGGUGAACCGCAAGGUGGCCAGCAAGCUGCUGGAAAGGCAUGGCGCGCGAGUCACCGCCGUCGAUGGCGGCAUGAAAGCCGUAGACGCCCUCGCCCCGCCCCACCCCUACGAUCUCGUUCUCAUGGACCUCCAGAUGCCGGGCAUGGAUGGGCUGGAGGCGACUCGCAGGAUCCGGGCGCGGGAGAGGGCUCAGGGCGGGGGGCAUGUGGCCAUCAUUGCUCUCACAGCGGAUGUGAUUGCCGGCACGCGCCAGCAGUGCUUUGCCGUCGGCAUGGAUGACUACCUCUCCAAACCCCUCCACGACACCCACCUCUCCAAGGCCGUCUGGCGCUGUCUCGCCAAUACAUUAUCAUACCCACUAUAA